AUGCCUGAAAGUUGCAAUUCUCGCCACUUCUCAUGGCUAAUGAAAUCAUGCUUCCCAAACCCACAAGACCCCACCUCCAAACCUCUCUCUCCAAACCCCAUCAUCGCCAUCUCCACCACCACCACCACCAGUCUCUCUUCUCUUCCAGAUGAUCUUCUCUUAGAAUGCCUCUCUAGAGUCCCUUCGUCUUCCCUCCCUUCCAUUUCCCUCGUUUGCCGCCGCUGGUCCCUACUCCUCCACUCCCCUUCCUUCCUCCACCUCCGCCGUCUCCACCACCUCGUCCACCCCACCAUCUUCACCCUCUCCGCCCCCUUUGCUGCCACCCUCCGCCUCCAAAAUGGCAAUGAUACCAAUAUCAAUGACCCUUCGUGGAAAGUUGCUUCAUGUCUUCCUUUACCUGUGGCCUCAUUGGAUAGCCUUUCUCACGCGCGCUUGUCUGCAAUUGGACCAAGAAUCUAUAUCAUUGGACGAAAUGAAAUGUUUUGUUAUGAUGUCUGGAGUGGCAUAAUUACUUCAAGGUCGUCGAUGAUUUUUCCCAGAAAGAAAUUUGCUACUGCAGUGCUUUCGGGUAAAAUUUAUGUCGCAGGAGGUGGGUCACGAGCGGGGGCAGCAUUGGAGGAGUAUGACCCAGAGACUGAUACUUGGCGCGUGGUGUCACACGCGUUGAGGAGGCGAUACGGGUGCAUUGGGGCCGCUGUUGAUGGCAUAUUUUAUGUGAUUGGGGGACUUAAAAUUGGCGGCGCGUUGAAUAAUGAAAUUACACGCGUCGCUACAGUGGGGUCAGAGGCCUAUGUGUAUGCCAGUUCAAUGGAUUUGUUUGAUGUGGAGGCCGGAUCGUGGUUAAGGAGUAGGGCAGUUCCUGAUGGUGGGUGUGUGGUGGCUGCAUGUGCCGUGGAAGGUUAUGUUUACAUUUUAGCUAGCCACGCGGUGGAGCUAUCAUUUUGGUGCUUUGACGCCCGUGGGCAUGGCGGCGGAGGUGGAGGCAACGGUAGUGGAUUUAGAGAGUGGUGUAGGAUAAAGAGUCCACCAUUGCCAGCACAAGUUAGAAUAGACAAUACGGUGAGGUUUAGUUGUGUUGGAGUUGAAAACAAGGUUGUGUUAAUUCAAGUUAGCGGGUGCAUCGAUGAUUUGUUAAGGAGAAGUGGAAGGAGUGUUCGGGGGUUGAAAGAGGGACUGGUCUUGAUUUAUGAUUGUACUAGUGGAGAAUGGAGUAGAGGGCCUGAUUCGCCGGAGGUGAUUCGACGCGCUGCCUGUGUGACUGUGGAAUGCUAG